CUGUAGGGAUGGACGCGCGGGAUUCUUCUCUAGGAGACAAUGCGUAAAAGAGAAAUACUGUCCGAGGACGCGCAAAGUAUAUUAUAGGGGGUGCGAUGCUUUUAAACCAACCAAACCUCCUCUCUUUGAAUCUAUCCGCUAUCACAUAGACGACACAUCCCGACUGCUCGGCUGAGGAGGAGGGGGGGGUCGGGGAGAGGAGAGGAAGAGAGAAAAAUGAAAAGUUGAAUGGCUACUAGAGGACACCUGGGUGCGUCAGGACAGGAGGGGUGACAAGAGAGGAGCGGACGAGACGAGACGAGCGAAGCGCAGCGCAGCUCAGUGGAGAGAGGAAAAGAAAGUUGGGAAGCAAGUUGAUGCAACCGGAGGUGGUUUAGAGUCCGAGCCGCGGUGUGUCUGUAGGACAGAGAGAGGAGAGGAGAUCCACCAGAGAGUCAGCGGUGUCUUGUGAGACAAUAUAGAGAAAGAGAGAGAGGGGAUCUACUUUUACGCACCGGAGAGGAGGCGACUCGUCCUGCGGCUUGGAGACCUGAAGAGACACCGCUAGACCGAAAAACAACAACACAAUGACGAAAAGCUGGAGAACGCGCCUGGGCAAAGACAAUUUGUAGUUUUAUUUUUUAUUUAACAAGUCGAGUUUUUGGUCGAGCACAGCUUUUUUUAUAUAUUUUUACGCGGAGUUUUCAUCACUUUUCCUCCGAUAGCAGCGCAGUUUAUUCUCCCCAGAGGUUUUAUCUGCCUCACACCGGUGCGUAAAGAGUUCCAACGAUCUUGGAUGGGUCAGGCCAUGUAAAAUUCUGCGUGGAUGCCAGCAAGCCAGAUAUCGGGAGCUGGCUGAAGCACAUCCAGUUUGCCCCUGCGGCCAAGCAGCAUAACCUGACAGCGUGCCAGAUAGAUGAUCAGAUCUUCUACAAAGUCACCAGUGAGAUUUUCCCCGGUGAGGAGCUGCUACUUUUCAUGAAGGCUGAAGAGUAUUCAUGUGACACCAUGGCUCCCGAUAUUCAUGAGGAGAGGCAGUACCGCUGUGAAGACUGUGACCAGCACUUUGAGUCCCGCAACCAGCUGCUGGACCACCAGAAGCAGCCGUGUGGGAUGCCCCCCUCCUCCUUCCUCAACCCAGGAGGGGAUAGUGACCUGCAGGCCCAAGACUUGCGACCCAUCCACUUGUCCCACGGUCCUCCACACGAGUGUAAGGAGUGUGACCAGGUCUUCCCCGAUAUCCAGAGUCUGGAGGCCCACACUCUGUCCCACUCUGAGGAGAGGGAAUACAAGUGUGACCAGUGUCCCAAGGCCUUCAACUGGAAAUCAAACCUGAUCCGACAUCAGAUGUCGCACGACAACGGCAAGCACUACGAAUGUGAAAACUGCUCAAAGCAGGUGUUCACAGACCCCAGUAACCUGCAGAGGCACAUCCGCUCACAGCACGUCGGGGCGCGGGCCCACGCCUGUGCCGACUGCGGCAAGACGUUCGCAACGUCUUCGGGCCUCAAGCAGCAUAAGCACAUCCACAGCAGUGUCAAGCCCUUCAUGUGUAAGUCACUAAGACCCUACCUAUGCGAGGUAUGCCACAAGUCCUACACCCAGUUCUCUAACCUGUGCCGCCACAAACGCAUGCACGCUGACUGCCGCACGCAGAUCAAGUGCAAGGACUGUGGGCAGAUGUUCAGCACCACGUCCUCCCUCAACAAGCACCGGCGCUUCUGUGAAGGGAAAAACCAUUUCACAGCAGGGGGAUUGUUUGCCCAGGGUAUGCCGCUCCCUGGCGCCCCAGGCUUGGACAAAACAGCUCUGACGAUGGGCCACACCGGUGCUGGGCUGGCUGAUUACUUUGGGGCCAGUCGCCAUCACGGCGGGCUUACCUUCCCUGCUGCUCCAGCGUUUCCGUUCAGCUUCCCCGGCCUCUUCCCCUCUGGACUCUACCACCGGCCGCCGCUCAUUCCUGCCUCCUCUCCUAUCAGACAAGCAGUCCAUGCGCAUCUCGCUGGGCCUGGUGGCGAUCUGAGUAAGAGCCCGCUGCUGCCCCCGAGCCCUGGACUUCUGGAGUCCCGGGAGCUCCUCAAGGCUCUACGUAAAGAUGGCGGCGCACCUGGCAACCAGAUGCCAGGUUCGGAGCUCCACAUCCAGAGCUCCUCGUCCUCCGCGAAGCAGCGGAGCAAGCAGAGCGACCAGUCCGAGAGCAGCGACCUGGACGACGUGAGCACGCCCAGUGGAAGCGAUAUGGAGAGCACGUCGGGCUCCGAGCUGGAGAGCGACAUGGACAGUGAGAGGGAAAGGGGGGCUGCUAGAGAAAAUGGCAAAGGCCCCAAGAGGAAGGCCAGUGAAGGAGGCCCCCAGAGCCCCAGCCUGACCGGCAGCAGCGCUGCUAAAGACUUUCCAGGCCCCUCCCUCAUCCCAUCCUCGCUGGACGAGCACACAGCCGUUACAGGGGCUGUGAAUGACUCUAUUAAGGCCAUUGCCUCUAUUGCUGAGAAGUACUUUGGCUCCACGGGGCUGGCUGGUCUGCAGGACAAGAAGGUCGGGGCCCUGCCCUACCCCUCCAUGUUCCCACUGCCUUUCUUCCCAGCUUUCUCUCCUCCAGUUUACCCUUUUCCAGACAGGGACCUUAGACCUCCAGGCCUGAAGGGCGAGCCACAGCCUCCAGCAGAUGACUGCAAGAAGGCCCAGAAGGGCAAAUCUUCAUCCGAGUCACCGUUUGACCUCACUACUAAGCGAAAGAUGGAGAAGUCCGCCACGUUCACCCCCUCCAAACCAGGGGCCUCCAACUCCACUGGUCAGGAUCAGCCGCUAGACCUGAGCCUGGGGUCCAGGGGCCGUGGAGGCAAUCCAAGAGAGGAGGAGACAAAGAAUAACAUGGGGUAUGAGGAGGAGAAGGCAGUGGUGGAGAUCCCAAAAGCUGACACCUCCUUACAGCAUGCCAGGCCCACCCCUUUCUUCAUGGAUCCAAUCUACAGCAGGGUUGAGAAGAGGAGAAUGAGCGAUCCGUUUGAGACUCUGAAAGACAAGUACAUGCGGCCGGCUCCAGGCUUCCUCUUCCAUCCUCAGUUUCGUUUGCCAGAUCAGAGAACUUGGAUGUCGGCCAUCGAGAACAUGGCAGAGAAGCUGGAGACGUUUGGCUCCCUGAAGCCGGAGUCUGGUGACUUGCUGCGCUCCGUCCCCUCCAUGUUCGACUUCAGAGCCCCGCCCUCUGCACUUCCAGAGACGCUGCUGCGCAAGGGCAAGGAGCGCUACACAUGCAGAUAUUGUGGGAAAAUAUUCCCGCGCUCCGCCAACCUGACCCGCCACCUCAGGACUCAUACAGGAGAGCAACCAUAUAGGUGUAAAUACUGCGACCGUUCCUUCAGCAUCUCCUCCAACCUGCAACGUCACAUUCGCAACAUCCACAACAAGGAAAAGCCCUUCAAGUGCCACUUGUGCGAUCGUUGCUUCGGUCAGCAGACCAACCUGGACCGCCACCUCAAGAAGCACGAGAACGGCAACCUGUCAGGCACUGCGAUGUCGUCCCCACGGUCUGAACUGGACAGUGGCAGCGCCAUAUUGGAUGACAAAGAAGACUCUUAUUUCAAUGAAAUAAGAAAUUUCAUCAGCAACACAAACCAGAACCAGACAUCACCGGACCCCUCAGAGGAAGGGUUAAAUGGCGGUCAAUUUGAAGAAGAGAAGCCGCUGAUGGCCAGCCAGGGGUCACGUGACCUGGAAGACGAGGAAGCGGAGGAGCUCGUUGCCGAUGAAGAAGAAGGGGACGAGCCUAGCAACACCCCUGGGAAACAGAAAGACGAGGUGCUUCCUGGUAGCCUCAGCGACGACAUAAUACAAGACGAGAUGGACUUCAGUGGACGCAACGACUUAAACCUCAACUGCAAAACCUCUCCUAGGAGGUAUAAGGACGAGGAGGAGCAGAGUGGCUACUCAGCCUUGGAUCAUAUUCGUCACUUUUCAGACAUGCGCAAGUUGGAGGAGAGCGAGCUGAGUGACGGAGAUGGAGACGAGGACGAUGGAUCGUUUGGCUCCCCCUCUCUGACUGACGCAGUCAAACAGCCGCUCUUUAGGAAAUCUAAGUCUCAGGCGUACGCCAUGAUGUUGUCUCUGGCUGAAAAGGACUCUCUCCACCCGGCCUCCCACACCCCGGCCACCAUGUGGCACAGUCUGGCACGGGCUGCUGCUGAAUCCAGUGCCAUCCAGUCCCUCAGCCACGUAUGAUGACACACCCCUUUGCGCUUUCCUUUCACCUUUCAACCCCCCGAACCUGACAAAACCUGACCUAUGGCACUGGGAGCCCGUUGCAGGGGGCUAUGUGCGGUGGCCCCUGAUCGUCCACAGAGUGACUGCUGAGCAGAACCACAGCCCAUCUGACUGCUGAGCGGAGCGCCUCACACACAAAGCAGGGUCACUGCUGUCCACGCAGAACCCAGCCCCCCAAAAAACCUCCAACAGAUAGAGAGAAAAUGUCCCUCUGAGACCUUAAAAUUCUUACAUUAACACCAACCAGGAUGAUAGCAAUGUGGUGAAAAUAAUAAUAAGUAAUAAUAGCUGUAUUUAUUCUGCUGAAUUUCUAUGUUUUGCACAGCAAAGGCAGCUGGUGGACAUGGAAGAUGGAUGUGCUGAUGUAUCAUUGCUAUACUGCAUUUAUUGCCCAGCACAUAGAAGACAUGGAGAACAUUUUACGCUGAGAGGGCGAGUUCGGUUGUGUCUCUAAGACAGCCUUACUGUGUGUAAGUAAAGCCCUGGACAAAAAGUAUCUUUAAAAUAUAUUACAAGAAUUCCCUUUAACCCCCAGAGAUCCACAGGUGUUUCUCAUAAAUACAUGUACUUGAUGAUAAAAAAUGAAGGGUGGGGUGAGCAACCUCAAAUGAAAACCGCUCCAUGUAAGGACAGCGCUAGCGGCGCUUUAAUAUCACUGAAGUCAUUGAAGAACAAAUUUUAAAAAAGUAAUUGUUUAAACUGAAAUCAGGCCAGUUUCCCAUCUGCGUUUUCAUAGCUGCGUGUGUCUGCACAAUCAUAGCACUGUACACAAGUGUCUACCAACUGCACUCCAUCCUGCCCGCCUGCGCUAUCUGUGAAAGGAUAUAAAUAGAUUGUCUUUUUAGUGGAAGAGAAGAAAACACUUUUUUUUUUUUUUUUUACUGAAAUAAGUAGCCAGUGCUGAAGUUAAUUGUUGUUCUGUAAAGGGCAUAUGUCUUUUUUCCAAACCCUUGAAUCCAUCCUAGUCAGCCAACAAUACCACUAAAUAGCCUGAAUGCUAGUCGUUAGCUACUCCAUGCUCGUGUGUCUUUCAUUUUUAGACAAUCAUGAUUUUGUUUCCUUUUUUGUUUUUGUUGGUGUUGUUGUUGUUAUUUGCUGUUGUAUGUUGAGAAUUGUAUUUAUUUCUUGGCAAACUGUAGUUUGUUUACUGAAUAGCACUGCUCUUAGCCCAGGUGAAGGGGAGAUUCCUCGCCGGGCCUAUCCCAGAGUUCAAUGGGGUUUGUAGAUUACAUUUGAGUGCCGGAUAGUAUUAAACAUACAAUUCACUCCUUAUUCUUCUAAUGAAACCGGUCGAUGAAUAGAUAUUACUUAGGUUUUUUUUCUAUGACAAUUUAAUGAUUCAAUUGUAAAAAAUGAAAAACAUUAUAAAGAAUGAAUAAUAAAAAAAAAAAAAGCCAGGUAUAAUUUCUCCCAUAAACGCAUGAUUGGUCUGGUAAGAUCUGUAUCUGACAUUUUCUACGGUUGUCUGCAAGCUUGUGUGACGUUCGGUUCAUGUUAAUCCCUUGUGCCAAACUUAUGAUAAAUAACAGAUUACUUUCAUUUAUUCUCCCGUUUUGAGGGACCAGAUUUGUUUUUGUUUGUUUGUUUAUGUCGUUGUUUUGUUUAUAAUCGAUUUUAAAAAGUAAUCAGCAAGUUGAGGUACUUUGUUUUAAUGCUUUCUACAAUGUAACUGUUAUGCAUUUCAAUUCAAUACUGUGGGAGGAACAACUAAGAAAUAAAGGACUACAAUGUGGAUUGA